GAUGAUACUUCCUGUAUUUUAUGGAUUUGAGUAAACAUACCCAUGUUCACCUAGGUAACACCAAGGAAACUAAGGUCUACACAUUCGCUGAAUCUAUAUCGUUCUGCAUAGUGGAAGCAAAGUAAUAUGGAAUAGAUUGUAAACUUUGGGGAAUAGGCAUAUGUGGUUGGGAUCUUAGUUCCAUUAUAAGCAGAGUAACCUUGAACAACUUCUUAACUUUCUCUCAAUUUCAGUUUUCUCAUCUGUAAAAUGAAGAUAAUAAUACCUUCCUCAUGGGGUUGUUAAAUGAGAUCAUUUUUUAAAUAUGUCUGGCAUAGACUUGAGUGAAUAGACCACCUUGAGGAUAAGUAGGGGGAAAAAAAACAGCAUAAGAAGAUGAGGAUUUAGCAUAUGGAACACAUACUGAAGUUGGGAUUUGAUGCUAAUUAAUGAGUAGAAUAUUGAUGGAAUUUUGAGCUGGUGCGUUGCCUAGCAACCAAAACUUACUCAAUACAACUGGUUACCAGAGUUGUUGUUUUUUAUCAAAGCAGUAAUUAAACUGCUCUUAAGAAGCUCAAGGUUGUAAGCAGACAAAAAGAUUCCCCUGUGACUUCGGGGGUGUGCCAGAGAUUUUGAAAAUAUGUUACCCCAAGUUUUCAUUGUGUGUGUACUGAAAUAUCUUGGAGGUAUGUAUUCUCCUCACUUCUGUUCCCCUGAGGAACAAAAAAUGUCAGAACUUCCUGUGUGGGAGGUGGGGGCUGGAGAAGGCAGACUGCUUGCACUUGUAUCCUCAGGUAUUCAAUCAACAUUCAGCGAGAGCCAGGAGUCAGACACACAAAACUGUUUGUCUUUGCCCCUGCUGCCCUUUAGAAUUUCAGUGUCCAACAGAGGAAUCAGUCAGUGUUAAACAAUAAUAUAGCAAAUUAUCUCAUAAGUGGCUGUCUGUGUCUCCAGCAGAGUUCUAAGCAUUAUGGAUUGAGCAGUUCAAAGAGGCAUAGCAUGUCUCAAAUAUCCACGAUAAGGUUUUUAUUUUCCUGACUAACCAGUCCUGGAGGAAUAGUCUACUUGGUUUCCCAGUGCAUUCAUACUGCCUGAUUCACAGCCCUGAGAGGCAGUUUUGCCUGCUGGUAAGGGUGAGGCUGGGUAGAGGGGGAUUAGAGUUUCCACCCGCCUGGAUGUGACUUAUAACACAUCACUCGUUUACCUUAAUCCAGGGACUUCACCAGUCUGCAUCCUGCUUUUCUCAUUUGUAAGCUGGGCGUGAUGAUUUAGAUUCUGCCUCCUGUGAGCAAUGCAUGUGAUAAAAUCAGAUAAUAAAUGUAAAAGUCCUGAAGAGAUAAGUGCAGUUUCUGAGCUAAUCAUCAGUUUACUACCAGGAUAUAGCAGAAUAUUUGUGGACGAGGUCUAAAUCAGAAGCCGGGAUGAAUGAGCUUGAAAUUAGCAUGGGAUUCUUAGUUUUUCAAGAUCCAUACCCACUGAAACUUUAAUCCCUGCCAACGCUGGCAUCUAGGCUUCCUCUGGUUUUGUGACGAUGGAGAAAAACUCUGAUGAUGGAAAAGCAAAAUCCUUAAUUACUUGUGUCAUAGCAUCUAAAGUCAUUUGAAAAUGAAACCAGACAGUAGUACAGCCAUGGAAAAGAAUUCAAGCCUAUGGAAGAACCUAAUAGAUGAGCACCCAGUCUGUACAAGCUGGAAGCCAGAGGCUGAAGGAGCCAUUUAUCAUCUUGCCAGUAUUUUAUUUGUAGUAGGUUUCAUGGGUGGCAGUGGAUUCUUCGGUCUCCUUUAUGUCUUCAGUUUGCUGGGGCUGGGUUUUCUCUGCUCUGCAGUGUGGGCAUGGGUAGAUGUCUGUGCUGCCGACAUAUUUUCCUGGAAUUUUGUACUGUUUGUCAUCUGCUUCAUGCAAUUUGUUCAUAUUGCAUAUCAAGUUCGCAGCAUAACUUUUGCCCGAGAAUUCCAGGUGCUGUACAGCUCCCUUUUCCAACCCCUGGGGAUCUCUUUGCCUGUCUUCAGAACGAUUGCUCUGAGCUCUGAAGUGGUUACUCUGGAAAAGGAGCAUUGUUAUGCCAUGCAGGGGAAAACCUCCAUUGAUAAACUCUCCCUGCUUGUCUCAGGAAGGAUCAGAGUGACAGUCGAUGGCGAGUUUCUGCACUACAUUUUCCCCUUUCAGUUCCUGGAUUCUCCUGAGUGGGAUUCACUAAGACCCACGGAAGAAGGCAUUUUUCAGGUAACCCUCACAGCAGAAACUGAUUGCCGAUAUGUGUCUUGGAGGAGAAAGAAAUUAUACUUGCUCUUUGCUCAGGACCGUUACAUCUCCCGCCUGUUUUCAGUUUUAAUUGGCAGUGACAUAGCAGAUAAACUCUAUGCCUUGAAUGAUAGGGUAUAUAUUGGGAAAAAAUAUCACUACGACAUUCGGUUACCCAACUACUAUCAUAUGUCAAGUCCAGAAGUGCCCAGAUCACCCCUGACAGAACCAUUUCAGAAUUCCAGGCGAUACUGUAAUAAAUGACAUCAAAAUCUGAAGUUUUAGUACUGUUGUAAAAAAGACUCUUAAUCAUUCCCCCAAAGAAAUAGCAAAAUACAGAAGACUGAGCUCACUGAUAUUUUUGUAAAUCAAAUUCAGAGGCAAGAUGCCAAUGCCAGAUGUUUUAUUCAUCUCAACUGCUGCUUGCGAAUAAAUUUUACAAAUUUUUCUUGUAUUUUUUAGUGUUAUAAUUGGGGAAGGGGGAUGAGUAACUUAAGCAGUUUGCUCUUUUCUACAUCAGAACUGGGAGAAUGAAGUUGCACAUUUUCAGAUAUUUGCUCAGAUUUUCUCAAAUGUAUCAUCUUGUUUGAUAGACUGAGGCACUGCUUCUCAGGAAGCAGCCUGCACUCAGCGUGAGAAUGGAUUGCUAUGGUCUACAUAGGCAUUUCCAGAAUUCACUUUUUUGCUACAACCUCUGAGGAAGGCAAAAUGUAUUACUGUGGUAGGCUGCAAAUAUUUAUUUUACAUGUGAAGUUAUCUGAUAUGACUAAAAUGUAGAAUAAAUACAA